GCCCCCGGCGCGCUCCCGGCGUGCGGCGCGCGCGGUGCUGACGCGGCAGCGGCGGCCGGGCCGGACCGGGCCGAGCGCGGACAUGGUGGCCAAGCAGCGCAUCCGCAUGGCCAACGAGAAGCACAGCAAGAACAUCACCCAGCGGGGGAACGUCGCCAAGACCUCGAGAACGGCCCCGGAGGAGAAGGCGUCGGUCGGGCCCUGGCUGUUGGCUCUCUUCAUCUUCGUGGUCUGCGGAUCAGCUAUCUUCCAGAUCAUCCAGAGCAUCCGGAUGGGCAUGUGAGGGGCCGGUGUCGGGCCAUGGCCCGCCGGCCCCGGCCGCCGCGGCAGCUGCCGAGGAGCGGCGCGCGGCUCCGGCCGUGUCGCAUUCCAGGUCCCUUCACGAGUCAUUCCGAGUUUUCUAGCCCGUGCCACAGUGCCUUGAACAGCACCACAUGUAUAAAGCAAUAAAAGUCUAUUGUUGAUCUACAAUCGUGGACCUACUUAUUCGCUGAAGAUCCGGCCUGGUCUCUGUAAUACGUGGAGCUAUACGCGACGUAGGUCCGUAGGAACUGGCAUCUGUUUAAACACCGGUCCCAGAUCAGUGCCACCCUCGCUGUAUAGCUGGAAAUGGCUUUAUUUGACGCUGGAAGCCAGGAUUCCCGUAGAGGCUGGAGCCCGACUGUGCAGCAUGUUCCGAGGAGCCUCUUUUGCUCCGACCCCGCCGUGCAUCCUCCCGUGUGCGCCGGGCGGGCCCACUGCAGCAUGGGCAGUGCUCGCCGUCCCCACGCCACGGCACCGCCUGUAGCUUUGUCCUAAUCCACGCCAAACGCUUGUCUGUGUAGGGGUAGAGGGGUGCGAGGAGCUGGCACGGCCGGGCAGCAGCUGCUCUGGCAGGACCCAGUGCUGGAGCUCCGUGGACUGCGGGAGCACCCUGGCCAGACCUGCGGCUCCCCAAGCCUCUCCCGGCCCUGCCUGUGCUGUAAAUACUUCUUGGACAACUUUCAACAAGUGGUGAUAGUUUUAAAUUUGACAAUGUUGUGUGGGAGUAUUGGGUGCGGGGGGGACACACGCUGCCUCCCUGCCCACAGUUCUGCUUCUGUAUGUGCAGCCCCUGCAGAGUGUGGUGUGUCUUGCAAUAUAUAUUUAAUCCUAUUUAAGGUAAAACCUGCCUUCAACUCGAUUUCUUUUAACAAUGGAUUCAGUACUUAACUGCUUCCCUACUGGUGAUCACAGUUCCUUCUUCUGUAGACGACUGUAACUUGAGAUCACGUGGAAAAUGCUGCUAUUGAUCAUAUUUCCCUGCUGAUGGCCCUGACUCCUGCUGGCUCUGCUGUCUGCGUGGUGACAAAGGUGGUGGGAAUUGCUCUGCUGUUGCUAAACGAAGAUUUCCCCAGAUUUCUUAGAAGACAAAUUUUAAGUCUGGUUACACUAGGAAUCAUAGAAAACAAAAUGAGUUGAGGUUACUGAAUUGCCUGUUAGCCGUGAAGGAGCAGAUCUGUACGCGUUGUAUUUCCAUAUGGAAUCACUGGGACUGCUGUGAGCCAGGGCUGGCCAGGGCACGGGGACCUUGUGCUGGGACACCUUGUGCUGUGACAGCGGGGGCAGUCUGUAUCAUCGCUGAUUUUAAAUAAAGUUCUUUUCAAACGCAA